ACGCAGAGCCGAUGUGUGCGUGACAUUGGUGUGGGCUGUGAAUGAACUGUUCAGUGUGUGGUCAGGAUGGCAUUGUCGUUAUCCGGGCUGAUUUUGCCCAAACUGAUGCAGCAGAGGGCUUUCAGCGUUUCAUCCGCUGUAUCCGCUAUCCAGAAGUUAACUCGCGUGCGGGUGGUGGACAACAGCACUCUUGGAAAUGCCCAUCACCACCGGCCACCAAAAGUCAUUCACGUGUACAACAAGAAUGGAGUCGGGAAAGUGGGAGACCGAGUCUUACUGGCCAUUAAAGGACAGAAGAAGAAAGCCAUCAUAGUGGGCCAUAAGAUGCCCGGGGCUCGAAUGACCCCUCGCUUCGAUUCAAAUAACGUGGUGUUGAUCGAAGACAAUGGAAACCCUACAGGAACCAGAAUUAAAGCUCCGUUACCAACACACCUGCGCAAACUGGAAGGGGAAUAUUCCAAACUGCUGGCCAUCGCUCAAAGAUUUGUGUAGCGUUCCUGCAUCCUGCGAGGACUGAUCACUCACAAUGUCAAAGAACUUUUUCUUUGUAAAUAUUAAAAGAAAACCGUGUUCAUAGCAUUCAGGACAUUUGUAAUAAAAUAUAUAUGGAUGAA